CUCUCUCUGGCCUUAUCCUCUAUCCGAUUAAUCCAAGAAAGAGCCACACCCCGGGCUUGAGCCACGGACGCUGUUCCGACCUGCCCUUGAGUGGAUGAAUCUCCCUCAUUAAACUUGCGUUCUUGAAUGGAAGCACGUAAGGAUGGGUGUAACUCAGGCUUUCGAACUCGCUAAAGAUUGCAAAGCCAUCAAGCUUGUUGAUCCACAGAAAGAAGGUCCAUGCGAUAUUGAUGGAUCUGCCGUUUCUUACAUGAAAUUCAAGACCACAGAGGGACGGUUACUGCUCAAGCAACUGAAAAAUAUGGCCAAGGAAGAUGUCUCCAUUGGAAUCCCUGGUCCUGUCCUUCGUCUUGCCCACUGGGAUCAAGAAUCAUGGUCUUUGCCGUCCCCGGUAACGACCAAGGGUCUCGCAUCGGACCUGUCUGCACUGAAUCUGUCUACGGCUCCUCCGAACUCGUCUUUGGCUUGCAAUGCUUCUUCGAUCAACUCAACGACUAUUCAACAGGUAUCAUCGUCAUCGGGCCUGCGCUAUUCGGCACCAGCACUUUCCUCUGCUGCACUAUCGCCUCCUUCACAUCCUCCGGUGGAUGUAUAUCACGAACUGAACUCCGCUCGCGAUGUUGUUUGGCCCCUCGUAGCCAACGUCCCGAACAGGAUCUACGGCAGAUUUUACAAAAAGUCAGAAGAUUUCAUUCACUAUGAUGGUCCACCGACAACCUAGAAAACCUUUGCCCAUGAGAGACGGCAGCGGGCCACAAAAAAACAAAUCCUCAAGUUGUCCGAGUAUCUCGGAAUCGCCGAGGCACGACUGUCGCUAAUGGAGGCAAAGUCCAACUUAUCCAACAGCCAGGUCUCUCGAUUUAAAUCGUUUCUCAGCAAAGUCCUGUUUCCCUG